AUGGAUACUCAAAACAAAUGCAUAGCCCUCAUUUGUUGGGCUCAAAAGAUGAUUUUUGAUGAAAAGAUAGAUCUCCUUCGACGAAAAGGUGUAUUUCCAUAUGAUUUUGUAAAUGGAUUAGAUAAGUUGACGACUACAAAAUUGCCAGAAAAGAAUGAUUUUUAUAAUAAGCUAACAGAUUCUCAAAUUGCUGAAGAAGACUAUAAGCAUGCUGUCCAAGUUUGGAAUAAGUUCAAUAUUAGUACGUUGGGAGAAUAUUCAGAUCUUUAUCUGAAAACUGAUGUUUUACUAUUGGCCGAUGUUUUCGAGAGUUUUCGAGAAACAUCUCUUAAAGCCUAUGAUUUAUGUCCCGCUCACUUUUAUACGACUCCUGGACUAACUUUUUCAGCAGCUUUAAAAAUGACAAAGGUAGAAUUGGAGCUUCUUACAGAUAUUGACAUGCUAAUGUUUAUCGAAUCGGGCAUUCGAGGUGGAAUAAGUCAGUGUUGUAAUCGAUAUGCCAAGUCAAAUAAUCCAUAUAUGGGUUCUUCAUACGAUAAGGAUCAGAAAACAAAGACUCUCUUAUAUUUUGAUAUCAACAAUCUUUAUGGAUGGGCAAUGGUACAGCCUUUACCAGUUGGAAAAUUUGAAUGGAUUGAUUAUGAGAAAAAUCCAAGUUUUUUCAAUACACCACCAGAUUCUGAUAUAGGCUAUUUUGCUGAAGUUGACUUGGAGUAUCCUGAAGAAAUACAUGAUGAUCAUAGGGAUUUACCUUUUUGCGCAGAACAUCUUGCACCACCUGGUUCAAAGCAGAAGAAACUUCUCACGACUUUGAAUGACAAGAAAAGGUAUGUCAUUCAUUAUCGAGCACUUAAGCAGGUCUUAGAUAAUGGACUUCGAUUAAAAAAGGUGCAUAGGAUUUUGAGUUUUGAGCAGAGGGCGUGGCUCAAACCAUAUGUUGAAUUUAACACAGAAAAGCGAAAGCAAGCAAAGAAUGAGUUUGAAAAACUCUUCUACAAAUUGUUAAUUAAUGCAGUCUAUGGAAAGUGUAUUGAACGAGAGUGGAAACGUGUAGAUGUGCGAUUAGUAAAUAAAUUUACAGGCAGAUACGGAGCAGAAGCACGCAUAGCUCUACCAAAUUUUCACAGUUGUGCAAUCUUCGAUGAAAAUUUGGUUGCCAUACAGCUGAAGAGGACAAGUAUUACAAUCAAAAAACCAAUAUACGUUGGUCUCUCAAUUCUAGAUUUGUCAAAAACAUUAGUAUAUGAUUUUCAUUAUUCAUAUAUGAAAAAGCGAGUUGGAGAAAAAUGCAAACUCCUGUAUACGGAUACUGAUAGUUUAAUAUAUGAAGUUGAGGAUAUAGAUAUGUAUCAAAUAAUGAAAGAAGAUGUACAUAAAUUUGAUACUUCUGAUUAUGAUGAAAAUAAUCAGUUUGGAAUUCCACGUGUUAAUAAAAAAGUUCCUGGAUUGAUGAAAGACGAAUGCUGUGGUAAAAUUAUGACAGAAUUCAUUGGUUUAAGAAGCAAAAUGUACAGUAUUUUGGUUAAUGGAGCCGCGACAGUGAAAAAAGCUAAAGGAUCUUGUUAUUAUAAAACGUGA